UCGAAUUCGAAUCCCAUAGAAAAACUAAAAAACCAUCCGAUUAUCACUAAAUUUUCCGCCAGAUUUUUAAAAACAAUAGUGUAAACCUUGAUAUAACAAAAACACCUGUCAGACGUGGUAGAAGCUAAAUUAAACUAAGCGAUUGCAAAAAUUUUAAACAUUACUGUAUAUAUUGUAAUUUGAAUUUGAAUCAAAAAAAAAAAUAUGAAGUUUUAAAAAAAUUGAGUCCCAGCAGAUAAUUUCAGUUUGAUAUGUAAACAGUCAUCAGACUUUCUCAUAGAUUCGAUCUGAGAUUUCGUCGUACAUGUAAACUGCAAGUUGAAUGAAGGAGGUUGGAACGGCGCUUAUUCAAGCAGUCAACAUUGGCAUUCAUAUAAAAUAUAUUUUGGGAAAUUCUGUUUCAUAAGCUGAAUAAGUAGAAUACGUGUGAUAAAAUUUGCUUUGAAUUAUUGAACAAAAAAAACUUUAAAAGAUAUACAUUUUAGUUUUUCGCUGUUAUUUUUUGUUUUUAAUAUGUUUAAGUUCUUAACAAAAACACUUGGGGUCGCAGGUUACAUUAUACAGUAUGGUUGCGUAGCACAUUGUACCUUUGAAUAUAUUGGUGAUUUAGUUGUGGUUAUUUCAGUGUUCUGGUCCUUCUAUGGAACCAACUCUCUUUUCUAACAAUGUUUUGCUGACAGAUAGAAUAUCACCAAGAUUAAACAGAAUAGAUCGUGGGGAUAUUAUAAUUGCAAAAUGUCCUACAAACCCUCAGCAGCAUAUAUGUAAAAGGGUUAUUGGGCUUCCGGGUGAUCGUAUAAUUGCACGCACGGAUCUCAUGAUGUCUUUAACAAUUAACCAUUACAAAAGAAAUUUAUAUGCAACAGAAAUUCGUGAUGAUGAUUUAAAAACUAUUAAUAACACAUCAAAGUUGAAAAGCCAAAUCGGAUCACCCAACAAUACUAGCUCAACAAAUAAGGCUUUAUCAGCAAAAUCAAAAGAUUUGAUACAAAUUGUACAAGAUGAAACAGUUACAAAUGUAGAAAAAAGAGUUCCCUUAGCUGAAAUUGUUAUUCCUCCAGGACAUGUGUGGAUUGAAGGUGAUAAUACCAAAAAUAGUUCAGAUUCUAGAUAUUAUGGUCCAGUGCCAAUUGGUUUGAUAAAAAGCCGAGUUAUUUUGCGUGUUUGGCCAGUUGAUCAAAUUAAAUUUCUUUCGUCAUAAUACUAAAGUGUUGUUUAGUUUUAAAUAAAAAUUUUCAUAAAA